GGUCCCUUUUCGGAGACGUAGAUACCGUCCAAAAAUUUACGCAAAUCUUUGUUUCGGACAUUGGUGGCUUGUUGGAUUUUGGCAGCAGUGAGGGAAACGGCAGUAAUAUCAAUUCCGGAAAGUUCGAUUUGAUCCUURACAUCUUCCGWUCGAACAUAUUCGACUCCCUCUGGCAACAAAACCUUUCGCACACGACGUUCUCCCAAGAAGUUACGGAUUUCAACGUWUCCAGAGUUGGUACUGACAUUGAUGGGGAAAUGCGAGUAGACGAAUCGCAUCUUGUAAAGGAAUCCUCGGGUGACACCGACGAUCAUGUUUUCAACGUGCGAACAGACAGUACGGACGCAGGCGAGUUGCUUUCGGGUAGCAAACCACAAGUCAACCUGAAGGUACUUCUUUUCGACUUCUUCGCCUUCCUCUCCUUCCAUCUUGGUUACCAAUCGGCAUUCCAUAGGGAUGUGCUUGAAGUCACGUGUAAGGCUACCGAGUUUUCCKGUGACUCCGACAACGCGGGCCUUGACGGUGACGUCGACUAUAUCGCAGUGAUUUCGUGAAAUAAAGGAGUAGGACUAGGUGAGAAAAGCAGCGUACGGAUCAUCGGGCAAAAAUAGCAUACYAAWUCGCAACUCCUUCGCCUUCGACAACGUCGAAACUYAGACUACAUACCUCCAUCAGGGAUUUCGACACAACGGGAUGCUAAGACAGUCUUCAUGGUGCUAUACUAUUAAAGCUUAUACGUGUGGCGGGCCAAUUCGCGGGGGCAACAAUACMGAGUGAGGAGGGUGGCAAAAGGAGCAGCAGAGAUGAUUACCAGCAGUCUUGAUGCCGCUAAGAGCAUUUCACSACAACAGUUAGCAYAAUCUUUUCUUGUGGCCGAACUGUUUUAGUAAACGUCGGUAACAAGGUAGGGGUAGUCUGUACUUCCCACCUAUUUGUUCGGAGAAGUCAAAUGAUAGACAUGAUUCCCGUUCUCGCCCAGAACGUUCCAUACAUGCUAUGGAGUAAACGUAGGAUUCAUAGGUGUGAGGCUAAAUCCCGAGUAGCGUACGUACUACGUACGAAAUAAAGCUGCACCGAAGAGAUGUGAAAGUGCAGUAGAGAUUAUUAGGACCCUACUGCAAGUAUCAGUACUAUGUACAUAUCAUACUGUACAGUAUUCCAUUACAGUACUGUACCGUACAUUACAGUACCAUGUAUCGUAUCAUAGAGAAGUUGUACGCGUACGAGUACGAGUACGGGUACUCGUAGUGAGUAGUACUUGUCGGGUAUGGCAGUACAGUUAUUUAUGAACACGUACGUCUGCUAGUAGCUCGUACGACGCGUACCUGUACGUACUACGUAGCUAGCACAGGUGCUACCUCGCUCCCGUCCCAUCACAAACUGGACAUCAUCCCUCGUCCGAAAUCGCGCCCUAGUUAGUUCCCCUACGGUACUGCUACCGGUGAGAAUCAUUGACAACGUCUUGGGAGACACCAUCCUCACAACCAUCAUUGUCGAAUAUUUCCAUCGGUGAACACGAUUGCACUGCAAAGUUCCGAACGCACCGUACCACAGCAAGAUUGGAACSRACCGUUGUGCCAUGACAAGGAUUCCCGUCUGCCGUUCGCUCUUCGGCUCGGCUUCGAUGUUAGCCACGCUGCUGCGGCUGGUUCUUCUGCUGUCCCUCCGUCCGCCGGCGGCCCUCGGCCUCGUCCGCGRCGGCCCCGCCGGCAGCACCAAGAGCAGAGGCGAAGCCGGCGUUUGUUCUUCUCCGGARCAUCCCGGAUCGCCACCGARCACGGUCGACGUGUGGAGCAACGUGAUUGAUCCGGAACGCCUCGCACCGUUGCUGGACGAGGAAUCCAUCCGGAUCGGCCUGGGCCACCAGGUGUUUUCGAGAUCACCGGAGAGCGACGCGGGCGGSRGAACGAAGCACGGCCACAGCGCGAUCGAGCAGGUCCUGGACUCGAUUCUCACCGAGCUCGACGACGACGCAAAAUACGUGGAAUACUGGACGCGGAGGGAGUGGCGGGCGAUCCACGCCCACGCGGACGUGGACGAAUACCGGGCAAAGCAGGAGCAGACCCCGGGCGCACCCGUCCCCAGCGGCGGCUUCCGGUAUCCCCGCAACGGCCACGUGCUGUAUCUCUCGGUCGGAAGCAGGGUCCGGGGACCCACGUGCGUCUUUCCGAACCGGCGUUCCGGGGGGGACCUGCUCCGGAAGAACCGCGACAUUCGUGCCACCGGCAACGACGAUAGCAACGACGACGACGACGACGGGGUCGAGGUGGUCACGGUGCCGGCGGUCCCGGGGCGGCUCCUCCGGUUCCGGGGGGACUCCCUCCACGCGGUCCCGCGGCCGACCGACUUUUGGCUGCUCCGGUUCGUCCAGGGAUCGCCGGAGUUUGCGCCGGAGGAGGAGUGGGGCCGGUCCGUCGUCCUGUUCAACACGUGGAGCGACGAGCCCCCGGCGGGGCUUCCCGUCGACGGCGGCGACGGCAAUGGUGAUGGCAAUGGUGAUGGCAAUGGCAUUGGUGAUGGCAAUGACAAUGGCAAUGGCGCGGGUUGCAACCCGAGGGCCGACUGGGAACGCGCCUUUCCGCUGGCUCCCGAAGCGCGGGGCGACGAAGACGAAACGGAACUCGUAACGGAACUCGAAACGGAACACGGGGACGAGCGGGACCUUCGGCAGGGAACCCCCCUGCCGACCAAGAUAUGGCUGCUCGGCGACCAGCGGCGCCGAGACCUCGCGAUGCAAACCGUCAAGCUGGAGUCCACCGAGGCCCUGCGAAAGGCCCUCUACCAGGAAUCCGAGGUGACCUCCACGAUCCUCGGGAUUCCCUCGUGAACAAACCAACCAUCGAAGCGAAACCGGCUGCUGGAUCCGGAGCGGCACCGGGAGCCGAAGCCCUUGGCGGCCUUCCUCCUGCCUGCCGUACGCAACGCAACGCAACGCACAGCAACGUCUUUCGAGAAAGCACCUUUGGCAAAAGGCCCGAUCCCCCGGCGCUCGUGCCCUCCGCACGAACGAACGAACGAGCGGCGGCCUUGUUCCGUUUCUCUCGCUCGGGCAGGCACCGCCAACCAGCACACACACACCAGCCACCGAUCGUUCUGGGCAACAACCAUGCAUGCCGGGCCGGCCGGCAAGAUGGACGGAUGGAUGGAUGGAUGGAUGGAUGCUCGGUGCGGAUCGGAAGGAUGUGUUUGUUUGUUGCCCGAACAAACGCUGCUAGUGGCGAAAGGUGAGUGGUGCUUCUGCCGCAUCGCAUUGGGUUCGUGCGCCGUUUCCUCCCGCGGUGGAUGCCCCGGCGGGUCGUCGCCAUUCGCAUUGCAUCGCGAACAAACAAGCAUGGCUUUGGAAGCUUGAAUCGAAUCGAAUCGAAUCGAAUUCCAUUCCAUUGGAAGCAGUUGGUUCCGCGGUCCGGACACGGACAACCUGCGGAACGAGUAUUCGUAUUCGUGCUCACUCGUACUCGGUUGCUCGUACCGGUACGUACGGUACGGUACGGUACGUCCGUGAACAGUUUGAAUCACGGAAAUUAUUGCUUGUUUACGGUAACUAUAACUAUUCUUCAUUCAUACGAAAGAUAGGAUGAUAAAACUACCCGUGUUUCGGGGUAACUCCUCGUAGGUAGCAGGGUUCUUUGUUUUCAUGAUGGUGUGUGACGUGUACGUUAUGCGCAAUGGAAUCGGAUCCGAAGUCCAGGAACGAACGAACGUGGCCCGGCAAAACCUGUUCCGACGCGGACCGUGAUGUGUGCGCUGUUGUGUUGUGUUUCGCAAAACCCAUGGAAACCACGACGUACGGUACCGUACGUACCGUAUCGUAGACCCCUGAUCGUAGGUACCACCGCGAGAACGCAGCGCAUGUACCGUACGACACGGCACGAUUCAUUCGUUUGCUGGUGNAAUCUUUUCUUGUGGCCGAACUGUUUUAGUAAACGUCGGUAACAAGGUAGGGGUAGUCUGUACUUCCCACCUAUUUGUUCGGAGAAGUCAAAUGAUAGACAUGAUUCCCGUUCUCGCCCAGAACGUUCCAUACAUGCUAUGGAGUAAACGUAGGAUUCAUAGGUGUGAGGCUAAAUCCCGAGUAGCGUACGUACUACGUACGAAAUAAAGCUGCACCGAAGAGAUGUGAAAGUGCAGUAGAGAUUAUUAGGACCCUACUGCAAGUAUCAGUACUAUGUACAUAUCAUACUGUACAGUAUUCCAUUACAGUACUGUACCGUACAUUACAGUACCAUGUAUCGUAUCAUAGAGAAGUUGUACGCGUACGAGUACGAGUACGGGUACUCGUAGUGAGUAGUACUUGUCGGGUAUGGCAGUACAGUUAUUUAUGAACACGUACGUCUGCUAGUAGCUCGUACGACGCGUACCUGUACGUACUACGUAGCUAGCACAGGUGCUACCUCGCUCCCGUCCCAUCACAAACUGGACAUCAUCCCUCGUCCGAAAUCGCGCCCUAGUUAGUUCCCCUACGGUACUGCUACCGGUGAGAAUCAUUGACAACGUCUUGGGAGACACCAUCCUCACAACCAUCAUUGUCGAAUAUUUCCAUCGGUGAACACGAUUGCACUGCAAAGUUCCGAACGCACCGUACCACAGCAAGAUUGGAACSRACCGUUGUGCCAUGACAAGGAUUCCCGUCUGCCGUUCGCUCUUCGGCUCGGCUUCGAUGUUAGCCACGCUGCUGCGGCUGGUUCUUCUGCUGUCCCUCCGUCCGCCGGCGGCCCUCGGCCUCGUCCGCGRCGGCCCCGCCGGCAGCACCAAGAGCAGAGGCGAAGCCGGCGUUUGUUCUUCUCCGGARCAUCCCGGAUCGCCACCGARCACGGUCGACGUGUGGAGCAACGUGAUUGAUCCGGAACGCCUCGCACCGUUGCUGGACGAGGAAUCCAUCCGGAUCGGCCUGGGCCACCAGGUGUUUUCGAGAUCACCGGAGAGCGACGCGGGCGGSRGAACGAAGCACGGCCACAGCGCGAUCGAGCAGGUCCUGGACUCGAUUCUCACCGAGCUCGACGACGACGCAAAAUACGUGGAAUACUGGACGCGGAGGGAGUGGCGGGCGAUCCACGCCCACGCGGACGUGGACGAAUACCGGGCAAAGCAGGAGCAGACCCCGGGCGCACCCGUCCCCAGCGGCGGCUUCCGGUAUCCCCGCAACGGCCACGUGCUGUAUCUCUCGGUCGGAAGCAGGGUCCGGGGACCCACGUGCGUCUUUCCGAACCGGCGUUCCGGGGGGGACCUGCUCCGGAAGAACCGCGACAUUCGUGCCACCGGCAACGAAGACGAUAGCAACGACGACAGCAACAACGACGACGACGGGGUCGAGGUGGUCACGGUGCCGGCGGUCCCGGGGCGGCUCCUCCGGUUCCGGGGGGACUCCCUCCACGCGGUCCCGCGGCCGACCGACUUUUGGCUGCUCCGGUUCGUCCAGGGAUCGCCGGAGUUUGCGCCGGAGGAGGAGUGGGGCCGGUCCGUCGUCCUGUUCAACACGUGGAGCGACGAGCCCCCGGCGGGGCUUCCCGUCGACGGCGGCGACGGCAAUGGUGAUGGCAAUGGUGAUGGCAAUGGCAUUGGUGAUGGCAAUGACAAUGGCAAUGGCGCGGGUUGCAACCCGAGGGCCGACUGGGAACGCGCCUUUCCGCUGGCUCCCGAAGCGCGGGGCGACGAAGACGAAACGGAACUCGUAACGGAACUCGAAACGGAACACGGGGACGAGCGGGACCUUCGGCAGGGAACCCCCCUGCCGACCAAGAUAUGGCUGCUCGGCGACCAGCGGCGCCGAGACCUCGCGAUGCAAACCGUCAAGCUGGAGUCCACCGAGGCCCUGCGAAAGGCCCUCUACCAGGAAUCCGAGGUGACCUCCACGAUCCUCGGGAUUCCCUCGUGAACAAACCAACCAUCGAAGCGAAACCGGCUGCUGGAUCCGGAGCGGCACCGGGAGCCGAAGCCCUUGGCGGCCUUCCUCCUGCCUGCCGUACGCAACGCAACGCAACGCACAGCAACGUCUUUCGAGAAAGCACCUUUGGCAAAAGGCCCGAUCCCCCGGCGCUCGUGCCCUCCGCACGAACGAACGAACGAGCGGCGGCCUUGUUCCGUUUCUCUCGCUCGGGCAGGCACCGCCAACCAGCACACACACACCAGCCACCGAUCGUUCUGGGCAACAACCAUGCAUGCCGGGCCGGCCGGCAAGAUGGACGGAUGGAUGGAUGGAUGGAUGGAUGCUCGGUGCGGAUCGGAAGGAUGUGUUUGUUUGUUGCCCGAACAAACGCUGCUAGUGGCGAAAGGUGAGUGGUGCUUCUGCCGCAUCGCAUUGGGUUCGUGCGCCGUUUCCUCCCGCGGUGGAUGCCCCGGCGGGUCGUCGCCAUUCGCAUUGCAUCGCGAACAAACAAGCAUGGCUUUGGAAGCUUGAAUCGAAUCGAAUCGAAUCGAAUUCCAUUCCAUUGGAAGCAGUUGGUUCCGCGGUCCGGACACGGACAACCUGCGGAACGAGUAUUCGUAUUCGUGCUCACUCGUACUCGGUUGCUCGUACCGGUACGUACGGUACGGUACGGUACGUCCGUGAACAGUUUGAAUCACGGAAAUUAUUGCUUGUUUACGGUAACUAUAACUAUUCUUCAUUCAUACGAAAGAUAGGAUGAUAAAACUACCCGUGUUUCGGGGUAACUCCUCGUAGGUAGCAGGGUUCUUUGUUUUCAUGAUGGUGUGUGACGUGUACGUUAUGCGCAAUGGAAUCGGAUCCGAAGUCCAGGAACGAACGAACGUGGCCCGGCAAAACCUGUUCCGACGCGGACCGUGAUGUGUGCGCUGUUGUGUUGUGUUUCGCAAAACCCAUGGAAACCACGACGUACGGUACCGUACGUACCGUAUCGUAGACCCCUGAUCGUAGGUACCACCGCGAGAACGCAGCGCAUGUACCGUACGACACGGCACGAUUCAUUCGUUUGCUGGUGUGUGGUGUCUUUCUUCGUCGAGGCCCAUCUCGUCUUCUUCGCAAGUGGUUGGUAAAGUACCUGCACAGUAUAUCUUUUGUUCGAGUCCUCGACCUUGCACAAAAGGGCAGGAAAGAUUGCAAAAAUACAGUAUUGUUCGUCCACCGAGAACACCACACCGAAUGGGAACCGCACAAGAACGGAAGGAAUCCAGCACACAAUGAACCCGAGUGCCACGGGAUGGAAAGCUUUGUUUUGCCCGCCCUUCCGGGGCAGUGGCGGCAGUGGCAGAAGGCCGGUGGAGAAGAGGUCCCGGAAGCGCCCGAGGAACGAACCCCGAUCGGGGCACCUGCACCGAAACCUGGUUCGCCCCUGCGCGGACCACGGGGGGUCCUUCCUGGUGCCCCUCGCGGUGGCCGGAAUCGCCGUKGUCUCCGCAUGGAGGAAGGAUUCCCCGGUGGCGGUGGCCUUUGCCUUUGGCCCGCCUGCCGUAACGGGCGUGUUGCCCCGGGGGCACCCCCUUGGUGCACCGCCCAUGAAUCCACAAAACAGCAAUCCACACAACAGCAAUCACAUCCGCAACAGCAAUCCACACAAGCACAUCCGCAACAAACAUACGUGGCCGCUGGCCUUUGCUACCAACCCGGACGACCCCGUCGAGGGCCUCGGGCCCUUUCUCGGCGAGCCCCCCGGCCAAAGCCGAAGCCGCAGCGCCCAAACCCAACGACAAACCCAAACCCCGGGCCUUCUGGUGGCACCGCCCGCGCCACCUGCGGCCCCCGGCCUUCCCCCCUGGCUGGAGCUCCUGAAGCACGAGUCGGAGUCCUUUUCCUCGCGCGAGGCCGCCUCGRGGCGGGUCCGGAAGGACGUGCGGUGGCUGGAGGCUUCCCUCCGCUCCUUCCGGGGAGGCAUCGCCCUCUCGGAGGCCGACGUCCGGGACGUCGUCCUGGCCCUGCACCGGUGCUGCGCUUCGCCGGGCUUCGAGGGCAGCGGGAGGCGGAGCCGCACCGUGGCCAAGAUCGCGGGCUGCGUCCGGUUCUGCGGGCUGCUCCUGAAGCUGGACGACGACUCGAUCGACGCCGGUCGCCACCACGCGGAACGAGAACGGGAACGAGAACGAGAAAUGGACGCCAGCGGCAAGCACCCCGAGGCGGGCUGCCUCGUCACGAAGGACGUGCUGCUCGCCAGCAUCCUGCACUAUUCGGAGUGUUUCGAUGCCCGCUACGACGGGGUCUACRACGAGGGUUGCGACGGGGUUUGCGAGGGGGUCCAGCACGCACUCGCCGKGGAAAGCGCGGGCGACGAAACCAGCGCGGUGCAGAAACCGGGGCCAAGGCUGUUGCCCUCUGCGGCAAGCGGGGGCAGCAACGUCGACAACAACAGCGACAGCAGCGGCGACAGCAACGGCGACAACGCCACCGAGCGGGAUCCCCCCGCCUCUGGCACCGGCGGAGAACCCGCCAUCGUCCUGGUCGGGGACCGCGAGGGGGRAAACGGCGCUACUCCGGCGCCGAUGCGGCUCUUUGCCGACCCCGGGCCGGCCGAUGCGUCCCUCGGCGGCGUCUUUUCGGAGGAAUCCCUGCGCCUCGCCGGGGCCGCCUCGAAGCUGAAGCGGAUCGAGAUCUUGUCGAGCCUCACCCUCGCCUCCCCCCCUUCCGGGCCGCGGAAGCGCCCGCUGGGGGCGGACGAGUACGCCUCGGUGCGGAACCUCAUGCUCAGCCUCACGGACGACUGGAGGGCCCUCGCGAUCCGGUGCGCGGCCUCCCUCUUCCGGCUGGAGGGGAUCCUGGAACACUCCGAGAUCCAUUCCGGGAGGGGGGGCUUUCGGCGAAAGAGCCCCGAGGUCGUCCUGGCCGCGAAGGACUCCCUCAAGAUAUACGCGGGCCUGGCGCAGCAGAUGGGCCUCCACCGGCUCCACACGCAGCUCGAGUCGGGGGCCUUUCGGAUCCUAUACCCGAGGCAGUAUUCCGCCUCGUCYUCCCUCUUCCGGGAGCACGGGGCGGCCAUGGAGGUCCUCUCCGGCUUUUUGUCCAACCAGCUGGAGCAGCUCCUCUGCGAGGAUCUCUCUCUCAUGUUCGAGCUGGAGAGCCUGGAGGUGGCCUCGCGCGUCAAGGAACCCUACUCCUUUUGGAAAAARCUGCUCMRGACGCGGAUCCGUCCGAUCCUGGCGUCGGCAUCGGGCUCGGACUCGRMMUCGGACUCGAACCCAGGCUCGGACUCGAAGAACAAGGGCGUGGAAAGGACCGGGGACGGCGACGGGGGAACCGUUUCCGUCGCAACCACCCAGGAGGGCAAGCCGCGGCAGCGCCAGAUGGUGCGAUCCACCGACGGCUUGUCCAUCGUCGAGGUCAACGACGGGGUGGCCCUGCGCGUCGUUCUAAAGGCCCGGAAACUCGAUCCUUGCGAGUCCGACGAGACCACGCGGGAAMGGGAACGAAUGCUCUGCUACUACGUCCACCACCUGGUCCGCUCCAGGUGGCCCGAGACGGACGUGGGACGGGUGAAGGACUACAUCCGAAACCCAAAGCCAAACGGAUACCAGAGCCUCCACCACACCUCCAGGAUCACGAGGAACCACCAGGACUUCUUCUUCGAGGUACAGGUGCGCAGCCARGAGAUGCACGAGCUCGCCGAGUUUGGGGUCGCCGCGCACUCCUCGUACAAGCUCACCGGAAACAGCAACAGCAACGCCAGCGGAUCGGCAUCCUCCCUUCCGAAAGCCGCGAUGCUGCCGCCGGCCGGAGAUCCGGACGGUCCGGGUCGAUCGCCGUCGUUUUCGUCGUCUGCCCUGGUGGUCUCGCCGAGGGGCCAACCUUCCACCCCCGAGCCCGCCGCCGGCGGCAGCAGGGCUUUGCCGGUCGCCGCCGACGCCGGAACCCCGGGGCCGUACAUCCACGCCCUCCAAGAAACCCGCCGGGGCCUGGUGCAAAACCACGUGUACGUCUUUCUGGCGGGGGCACCGCUCUCGGCUUCGAACGAAACCGGCCGGCUCCUGGGUCUCCCGGCCGGUUCGCUCGUGAAGGACGUCCUGGGCGACCUCCGAACGGUCCGCGGGGGCUUUGGGGCCGGAGAAGAAGCAAGUGCACUCCGCGUGUGGCGCAACGGACGGCCCGCGCGGCUCGGGGAGGCCAUCGAGAACGGCGACGUGAUCGUCGUCGAGCCGCUGCUUCCGCCGCUGCCCGGCUCGGACCGUGCGAGAGAGCCACCGCGUGCCGCCCGGCCGGUGCCGUAGAGUGCGGUGCCGUAGAGUGCGGUGCAGUGCGGUGCGGUUGUGUGUUUGGAAACGGGGGCUUUUCCAUCGGCAGCGUCUGCGAUGCCGGGUGGCUGUUUUGCCUAUCCUAUCCUAUCCGGAACUUGCGGCGGCUGCCUUUUUGGAAGCCGCAUCCGUGGAUGCUUUGUGCUUCCCCGGUGCGUUCUUCCAGAGAGAAGAGACGGUUUGGGAAGCGGACGAGCACGGAGUAUUGCACGAGGAACCAACUCUGUUCCGUGCAACGCGUCGCACGCACCGAGUGGAUUCGUUUGCCCCGUCGAUCCGUGGGCAAAGCCUGUUGACGAAAUCAUUGGGUGCCAGAAAAAGGAUCCAUUGCCCCGCGGGUUUGUYUCGCUGUGCGACCAGCAGAAGCAAAUGGAUUCGGAAUCCACUCGGCGACGGGUUCGUAAUGCCCACAUAUUCUGGGCGUUGUGGGGGUUCUGUUCCUCGAAUACAAUGCAUCCAUCGGGAGGAAGAGAGCUUAUCCCGCUUGGCUCGUACAUUUCGCGCCGCAAAACACUGUUCUCGAAAGUCUGAAACCAACCCCACCGAUGUUGAGAUGGUUGAAUUGGGGAAGCUUGUUCGAGUCAAACAAUCGUGUUCUCUGUCUUGUUCUAUACUUCUGACGAAACACGAGCUCUCCUCCUGCUAGCUCUAAUUAUCGCGGCCUCUUUCCGGAAGUCACUCACCUUGCACCCUUCAGUUUGCUCUGGCCUGUCUCUUGUACAGAACUCCUUCGGACGGAUCCUUCGUUCAGUCAAGAUCUCUUCCGCUUCGACAUCUCUGCACCAAAUCAAUAGCUGUCACACAAUCCGCCGGCUCCAGCUAAAGCAGUUAUCCUUCUGCUGCUCAGCCGCCUCCAGCUGUCCACUCCUACUCAUAAGCAUCAUAUGUGUAGAUGUCAGUUUCCACUGCUCAACCCAUAUCUAUGAUACCGAUGAAGCUCACCAUCCAGGGGCCAUAAUUGAGAGAGGGGUGUGCAUCACAUCAAAACUCAUAUUCCAUGUGUGGUCGAAAAUAGAAAAAUAUCACCCCA